AUGACCUUGACAAACACGCCAGUGACGAGGUUGGUGGUGCUGGGCCUCGUGUCGGCGUCGAUUGCGGCGAGCUUGCUGGACAUUAAACACUAUGCGUACAUUCUCAUCAACCCGCACAUAGUGCAGUACGGACAGUUUUGGAGGCUGUUUACGUAUCAGCUGUGCUACACCAACUCGGCCGAGGUCUUGUUCGCCGCCAUGUCGCUGUACAAUCUACGAACCGUCGAGCGCAUGUGGGGGUCAAGAAAAUAUGCGUCGUUCCUUGUCGUCACGUCUCUAAUCACGUCGAUUGUACCGCCUGCGUGCAUGACAGUGCUGCGGCCGCUGGCGCCGAGCCUGUUCAACUACAUGCCGGGCGGCCCGACGCCCAUCAUCUUUGCGGUGCUUGCACAAUUUCACGCCAUGGUGCCGCACAUGUACAAGUACCGGAUCGCGACGUCGUCCGCGGAUGUAUCUCAGACGACGACGACGAGCAGCGAGACCUUUACAGGGCUGACGCUGUCGGACAAGUCGUACCAGUACGCGUUGGCGCUGCACCUGGCGCUGCUGCAGUGGCCCGGGUCGGUGGUGGGCGCGGCGGCGGGCUGGGCAGUGGGCUGGGCGUGGCGCGGUGCUCUGCUACCGGCGACGCUGCUCACGUGGAGGGUGCCCGGGUGGGUGGUGGGCGUCAAGACGCAGCGCAGCGGCGCCGAGUUUGAGCAACUCCGGAGGAGGUUGGAGGGGGAGAAUGCGGCGACGGCAGCGGGGGGUGCUGGUGCGUCGACGGGUGUUGAUGCGGCGGGUGGUGGUGUUGGUGAGCGGCUGCAGGAUGGGGAUCGAAGACGAACGAUGGGUCAGCAAAUCGUGGACCAGUUCCGAGAAGCAUUGUAA